AAUACUUUCUCCUUGUCUGACAUUUGCGACUCUGCGCGUUCCUGGUUUAUUUUUCAUCUUGUUUAACAAUACAAUAGAAGAAGCAAGUGACUGCGUCUCGACAAAAAAAAAUAUAUAAAUAACAAAUUGCAAAAGCGAGUGCAGUUUAUCCGUCGUUUUAACAGCCUAACAACGCCAAUUCACGCAAAAAUCCGCUCGUCGUGCGAGGCAUUUUAAAGCUUGACUAUGAAAAUGCCUGGUAAUCAAACUACUGACAACGGUUUGUACGACUACGAAGAUAAUUCCUACUUUUCGGAAGGAAUCGAAAACCGAGUGGUCGAGGAUUUCAACGCGACGGCCGAAACAGAUUUCUCCGAGUACUUAUGGAUGGAGCACGAGGAAGAGUUCGACAAAGAGGUGAUGCAAAGAUUGGAGGAGGAGGCCCUGAUGGAAGAGUGCCUCGAAGCCUUCAUGAACGAUGAGAACAAUUCGAAUCCUGCUACUCAACAAAGUAUUCCAGCGUCCGUAGAUAAUGUCGCAAAUUCAAAGUUAAAUCCCGAAGCCGCCGAAUUCGUUCCUUCUAACAGAAGAACCCCCCAGGAGGUACCGACAUCGACUUCAUCUUAAUCUAACCGUUAGAAUAAGAUCUCAAGAACUGUAUAUAAGAGAACUUAUUUUUUUCUUUAUAAAGUUUCUUGCUUUAAUUUGUGGGACAACUCAAGAAUGGCGGGCUUCUUAGAGCUUUAAACGUUUGUUGGAUUACUUCUAUGCUUUCGUUUGACGUUUUUGGAUUAAUUUUUUUGGUUUUUUUUAAUUGAUUUUUCAUUUUGUAUGCAUUUAGGUAAUUGAAAAAAUAAUAUUGUUUAGGUUGUACAUUUUUUUUUUGAUAAGAUCUACUUAAUUAGCUAUAUUUAACAUAGUCUGUGAUAUCACUCCGAAUUAAGGAGAUCUUAUCUCGUGGAUAGUAAUUAAUUUGUUUCAUGUUGAAAGAAACAUUAAAUGUAUUUGUCUCUUCCUGUAAACGUGCGAAAAUAUUUUUCCGAUUAAUUAGUAACAAACUUAUGCAUUUGAAUAUUUAUAGGGAAGAGAGUUUGUUUAUUUAUUUAUUCGCCGUACCGUUGGAUUGUUUCUUAUAAUUUUCUUGAAUUCUCUCACAUAUUUAAAUUAUUAAGAUGUGUAUUUUUUAUAGACUUUGGCUCUUCUUUGUGGUAUUUGUAUCAUUCAGGAUUUAUUGACAUUGGCAAGCGACAACUUAUUUUUAAUACACUGGAAAGUUAUUUGUAUAUAAUUAUGGAUAGUCUUGGAAUUAGGCGUUGUAUUAAAAAUAAGUUGUUUGUUUACAAACCGAACAAGGCAGCUGAAUUUGGUAAUACGACUCACAGUAAGCUUAAUCAGAUGUAGAUCAUUAUAUAUCAGUGUUAAUCUCGGUGUUCACUUUUUUAUGGGUGGAUUUAAAAAUGCAUGUAAAUUUCAAAGUAUUAGUAUAAGUUGAUUUCUCAUAAAUUUAAGUACAUCGAAUAACAUUAAUAUUAAUCAACGCUUCCUAGAUAAAUAAUUGUAUGAAACGAGAAAAAAAAUAUAGAUAAUAUUAAUGUUUAGUUUAAAAUGUAGAUCAUUGUAAGCGUUGAAUUUGAAUGAAUUAGCCAAACUUAGAAAAAUGUUUACAAUAGAAAGUUUGUUAUAAAUAUUGUUCAUUAUAUUCAGAUUAAUGCGUGAUGUGCUUUUAUGGUUCCUAGUUCAAGCAACACCAACAAAAAUCUGUUUUGUCUAAAUAGGAUUAUCGUACAUUUGUCAUUGUCAUUUGUCAGUUUUUUUUU